CUUUUUUAUGAAGAGAAAGAGGAUUAUAGCUCCUUUUUAAAAAAAUAACAAUAAUUGGGGUAGGAAUUUCAGGGUCGUAUGAAUUGUCACCAGGUCCAGUUCAGUGGGCAGUGUGGUGACAUUUGGAUUCACGAGGGGCGGUUUAGUCUGUUAUGCUGCAGCACAGCCGGGGGGAGGGAAUUGGAGAGAGUUAGAGACGCACAGUCCCCUGCUCUCCCGUUCCUAUGGUAACCUGCUGUUCAGCCACACUGGCUGGGCUCUGAACUCCUGACCUGAAUCCCAAUCUCUCCAGGCCAAUCGGGAGUCCCAACAUCUCCCAGCCACUUCCCUGCACCUGCACCCAUUCACUUCCCCAGUCACCCCACAUUAAUGGACUACUGCCACACUAUUAGCCUCAUUGGAAUACUAAUCUCCUGAUGGCUGUACUUUUGACAGGGCUGUUCUACUUUGGUUCAGUAUCGUCAUGUAUGUUGCAGGUGGUGAGCUUGUUAGCAUUAGCAGUGUAUUGUGGAUGGCGAUAGCCUAUGUUUAGAAUUAGUUCUGACCAUUUUUAUUUAGGUAUGUCUUCUACAAGUUGCAGUGUGCCAUAUACGUCUAUGUUAACCGUGUAACCUGUAUCAGUUUACCACAUAAACCUAUAUCACAGUCCUACAAUUAAUAUCAUUGCUAUUCCUUCACUUGAGGGUGCAAUAGUCAUGAAUGUUACUCUUUUGGUUUAAUCCAGCAACGUUUGGACGAUUAAACAUGCAUAUAUGUCCAUCUCCACACCAAGACAUGAGUCUUGCUCCGUUUAAUCCGCGCGCGCACACAAGGAGCUAGAUGAUCCCCACUCGCUCGAUUGUUCCUGUGUUUCCAUGGCAACGGGGAGUGCGUUCUUUCUGCAUUAUACUGCCUAGACUGUUGGCUGAGAUGAGUUGACCAAUGGCAGGAAGGACUUGAAUUGACAAUCUCGAGCCCUGCUAAUUUCAGAGAUAAAGAGGGAGGGGAGAUCGAGAAGGAAAAUCUGAUUUAAAAGUUGUGAUAGAUGUAAAUAGAUAAGGAAAAGCUAUGUAGCGGUGUCAAGAUCUUUCCGUUUGUUUCCAUCUAAUGAAAAUAAGAUCGAAGAUCGGUAUAGGUAGGAAGAUGGGGUUAUGUGCUUGCUUGUGCAGCCACAACAAUGCUUUUGUAUCAAUUAUUGAUUGCAUCUGUCAGUGUUAUUGCUGCCUUUUUGACUCGGGCACAAUAUUACCCAGUGUUUUAAACCGUUUUCUUGAGUAUUAUGGCUCUUGGCCUACGUCCACCCCACCCCCACUUCUGAUUUCUCCGUCUCUCCAUCUUUUCACAAACGCGCGCUCACGCUUCUCCACAAGCAGCUGUCAGAUUCCGGACUCGGAGGUGGACGGUGCGCGCAGACGUAGACUGUGUGACUUCACUCGAUGCUCCGCAUAGGUUACCGUGUACCGCAGGAAAGACGAGGGACUUGAAAAACAGAAAAUAUCAUCGACGCUGAGAAAUGAAAGAAAUGAUCUCCGACGUUUUUUAAUGGACUACUUAAACGUUCCAACGGGGAUGUUGACGGAAAUUUUGUUUCAACCCAACUAUGGCAUGCUAAAAAGGGAGCACCAUACCUGUCCGAUUAUGGGUAAUUCAAGCAAAAGGGAAUCAUGGGAAAUGGAGUGAUGUUGUAAAGCGCACAGAGACCCAUUGUGUACAAUGAAUACAACCGCAUCACCUGCAGAGCUGCUGGACGUUGUGCGGCAGAAUUCCUACAAUGGCACCUUGGGGUCUCAGUCGCCCCCACGCUGGGCCCUCGUCCACACCGCCACCCUGGCCUCCUGCUCGCUCCUCCUCAUCCUCAUCUUCUGCCUGGGCUCCUACGGCAACCUCGUGGUGUUCCUCUCUUUCUUUGACCCGGCGUUCCGCAAGUUCCGCACCAAUUUCGACUUCAUGAUCCUCAACCUGUCCUUCUGCGACCUGUUCAUCUGCUGCGUGACCACACCCAUGUUUACAAUGGUGCUGUUCCUGGACGCCGGGGGCACGGGUGGGGUCGGGGGCGGGGGCAUGGGCGUGUCCAAGGCCUUCUGCUUCACCUUCCACCUGACCAGUUCGGGGUUCAUACUCAUGUCCCUGAAGACGGUGGCGGUCAUCGCCCUGCACCGGCUCCGCAUGGUCCUGGGACGGCAGCCCGACCGCACCGCCUCCUUCCCCUGCACCCUGGCUCUGACUGCACUCCUCUGGACCACCAGCUUCACCCUGGCCGCCCUCUUCACCCUGCGCACCUACCCCUGGAGGUCCCGGCCCUGCCUGCCGCACGCCGGCCUGGUGGCGGUGGAGGGCAAGGCCGUGCUCUACCUGUACCUGGCGGACUUUGCCCUGUGCGUCGCCGUGGUGUCCGUCUCCUACGUGAUGAUCGCUCAGGCGCUCAGGAAGAACGCCCAGGUGAGGAGGUGCCCGGUCAUCACCGUGGACGCCACCCGCCCGCCGCCCCUCAUCACCGCCGGCUUCGAGGGCGUGCAGCGCACCGUCCCCGUCCCCGCCCUCUACCGCAACCAGACCUACAACAAGCUCCAGCACGUGCAGACGCACACCUACACCAAGAGGGGGAGCCAGGCUGGGGCCGGGGCUGGCGGGAGUGGCCAGGGGGGUGGAGCCGCCUGCUGUCAGAUCAUCUCCUCUGUCAACCUGUCCACAGCCAAGGACUCCAAGGCGGUGGUGACGUGCGUGGUGAUCGUGUUCUCGGUACUGCUCUGCUGCCUGCCCAUGGCCGUCUCUCUAGCCCAGGACGUCCUGUCUCCGGACAGCGGGUUCCUCCUCUACCAGUUCGAGCUGUGCGGCUUCACCCUCAUCUUCCUCAAAUCGGGCAUCAACCCGUUCGUGUACUCGCGGAACAGCGCGGGGCUGCGGCGUCGCAUGCUCUGGUGCCUGCAGUGCGCCACGCUGGGGUCGCCCUGCUGCAAGCGCAAGACCCGCCUGCGCGUGGUGGGCAAGGGCAGCCUGGAGGUCAACCGCAACAAGUCCUCCCACCACGAGACCAACUCGGCCUGCGUGCUCUCGCCCCGCCCCCAGAGGAGGCUGGUGGACCAGGCGUGUGGGCCCAGCCACUCCCGCGACAGCGUCCUCAGCCCCCCGCCCACUGCCAACCGCCGGCCCCGCCCCCCGAGCAGCUCCACGCCCAUCAACACCCGCAUCGAGCCCUACUACAGCAUUUACAACAGCAGUCCCUCCGAGGGGCCCAGCUCGCCCAACAGCCUGCUGCCCACCAACUCCACCUUCGGCUUCGCCAAGUCCUAUGUGGCAAUGCACUACCACACCCACCAAGAGGCUCUGGAGGACUUUGAGAGUGUCGCCACCCACCAAAUCCCCAUGCCCUCCGUCUGACUGCCCUGCCAGGGCGGGCAUGCAGUGGGCCCAUGGGAAGGGUGCUGUUGGAUUGGGAUGGGAUUUUUGUGGAUUGGUACAAGCCAGUGUUUCCUUUUUGUUAAGCUAACCUUUAGGCACAGAAAGAUUAGAAAGAGGAAGAGGUUUUUUUAAGUAGGUGAAAGUAUUCUAUGAAGAGAUUUUUUAUUUUAUUUUAUUUUUUGCUUGUUGUGUUAAAAAAGGAAAGCUAUACAUGGAAGGAGAUUUCCUGAGAGCUGGAUCAAUUUCACAAAAAAAAAAAGAAAAUAUGUCUCAAAGCGUCAUUCAACACAUUACAUUACAGAAGGCCAGAAUUAUAUUUUUACAUUGAUAUAACAUUUUUCAUAUUGUAAUUUUGCAAUUCUGUCUUUUUCAUCCUCAAGAUAUUGUACUUGUGAAAGUCACACAUUUUCUAUUAACAUAUUAAAUGUAUUGUAAAUGCA